AUGAAUAAAAAUUCUACGAGUGAUGAUGCUAUCUCAGUUGAUAAUUCACUUGCUGCACAACAUCCUCAUGUGGACAAUGAGCAAUGUAAAAACUCAACGCAAAAUGAAUUUAAUUCAGCAAAAUGUGCCACUGCUACUAAUACAACAAAGAAGUGGUCAAUUGCUCCGACACCUUUACAAUAUUCGCCUUGGUCACGACAUCGAUCUUCAAUUACUGCAGGUGCAUUUGCUGUAUUCACAAUUAUAGCAAUGUGUAUUGGUAUAUUGACUGUUUGUUUCACUUCACCAAAAGCUACUGUUCAAAAAUGUGAGCUCAAAUUCAAACCAACGGCUCAAAAACCAGUUGAAUACAAGUAUGGCCCACGAUCUGUUGCCGCUGGUGAUUUCGACAAUGACACAUGUUUGGAUAUGGUUAUUGCUCAUCAUAUAGUUAACACGAUAACUGUUUAUCUUGGAUAUGGUAAUGGCACUUUUAAAGGUCCAAUUUCAUAUUCAACUGGUUCCUACUCAAGUCCUUACAUGGUCACAGUUGGUUAUUUCAACAACGAUUCUUACUUGGAUAUUGCAGUAGCAAAUUUUGGCACUAACAAUAUCGUUAUCUUUCACGGAUUUGGCAAUGGGUCUUUCGCAAAUCAAAUAGAACUUUCAACAGCCUCAUCUCGUCCGAUAGCGAUUAUUGGUGCUCGUUUCAACAAUGACACACUACUUGAUAUUGCCAUAGCCAAUUACGGAAACCACAGUAUCAGUGUACUCUAUCAAUAUGAAAAUGGAAGUUUUUCGCCUCCAACUACAUAUCCGAUAGGUUACGAUUCUUUUCCGUCCUCAAUAGCUGCUGGAGAUUUCAAUAAUGACAACUAUUUAGACCUGGCUAUUGCCAAUUAUGGCACUAACAAUAUUGUGAUACUUUUUGGAAAUAGCAACAGCACUUUUGCAAAGCAAAUUACCAUCUCAACUGGCAUUGAUUCUCAACCAUACUCCAUUGUCGUUGAUGAUUUCAAUGCAGACACCUUUCUCGAUAUCGCUAUCGCUAAUUCUGGAAGUCAUGAAGUAGGUGUACUCCUAAAUAAUGGUAAUGAAACUUUCGCUAAUCAAGUCAACUAUUCCAUUAAUUCUGCUUCUCCAAUUGCCAUUUGGGUAGGAGACUUCAAUCAAGAUAAUCGAUUGGACAUAAUCACCACGAAUAAAGGCGCUGACAAUAUAGCCAUACUUCUUGGAUAUGAGAACGGCAAAUUUGCAAAUCCAAUUAUGCAUCCAACCGGAUCUUCUUCUUCGAUUUCAGUUACCGUAGGUGAUUUCAACAAGGACCACCGAUUAGAUAUUGUCGUUGUAAACAAUGAUACUGGUGCCAUUGAUAUUCUUGUUGGACGUUACGAAGGCUUUCAAAAUCAAACAAGCUAUUCAACUGGUUCUGAUCCAUGCUCUGUAACUAUUGGUGAUGUUAACGACGACACUCGACUAGAUAUCGUUGUCGCCAAUGAGGAUAGCAAUGAUGUGAGUAUCCUUCUUGGAUAUGGAAAUGGCUGUUUUGAAAAUCAAACAAGGUAUUCAGUUGGCUCUUCUCCACGAUCUGUAUCUAUAGGUGAUGUUAACAACGAUACUCGACUAGAUAUCGUUGUCGCCAAUUCGGGUAGCAAUGAUGUGAGUAUCCUUCUUGGAUAUGGAAACGGUUCUUUUGAAAAUCAAACAAGGUAUUCAGUUGGCUCUUCUCCAACAUCUGUAGCUAUUGGUGAUGUUAACAACGACACUCGACUAGAUAUCGUUGUCGCCAAUUCGGGUAGCAAUGAUGUGACUAUCCUUCUUGGAUAUGGAAAUGGUUCUUUUGAAAAUCAAACAAGGUAUUCAGUUGGCUCUUCUCCAACAUAUGUGUCUAUUGGUGAUGUCAACAAUGACACUCGACUAGAUAUCGUUGUCGCCAAUUCGGGUGGCAAUGAUGUGAGUGUCCUUCUUGGAUAUGGAAAUGGUUCUUUUGAAACUGAAACAAGGUAUUCAGUUGGCUCUUCUAUACGAUCUGUAUCUAUUGGUGAUGUUAACAACGACACUCGACUAGAUAUCGUUGUUGCCAAUGAUGGUAGCAGUGAUGUGAGUGUCCUGCUGCAAUAUAAUAGAGGAGCGAUUACAUAUGAAACGAGCUUGGCACCUGGUGUUGGUUCUAGACUACGAUGUGUAGUCAUUGGUGAUUUGAACAAUGACACUAAUCUGGAUAUCGUCUUAGCUAAUUACGGCACUAAUAAUUUAGGUGUUCUUUUUGGAUAUGGGAACGGUAGUUUUGAAAAUCAAAUGAUGCUCAGCACUGGCAUGAAUUCUCAUCCGAUUUCUAUGGCAGUUGGGGACUUCAAUGGUGACCGUGAAGUGGAUAUUGCUGUGGCCAAUCAUGGUACAAAGCAUGUAGAUAUGAUGCUUGGAAAUGGGCAGGGAAAAUUUGCAAUUCAAACAAGUUAUGAAAUUAGCUUUGAUACACCUCCGUUAGUUAUGGCUUCUGGUGAUUUUAAUAAUGACGCACGAUCGGAGAUCGCUAUCGCUUACGAUGGACGUGAUCAUGUGGAUAUCUUUGUUCCAUACAAUAAUGGUUCUUUUGAAAAUCAAACAAGAUAUUCAGUUGGCUCUUAUCCACGAUCUGUAUCUAUUGGUGAUGUCAACAACGACACUCAAUUAGAUAUCGUUGUCGCCAAUUGGGGUAGCAAUGAUGUGAGUGUCCUUCUUGGAUAUGGAAAUGGUUCUUUUGAAACUGAAACAAGAUAUUCAGUUGGCUCUUCUCCACAAUCUGUAGCUAUUGGUGAUGUCAACAACGACACUCGACUAGAUAUCGUUGUCGCCAAUUGGAAUAGCGAUGAAGUGAGUGUCCUUCUUGGAUAUGGAAACGGUUCUUUUGAAACUGAAACAAGGUAUUCAGUUGGCUCUUCUCCACAAUCUGUAGCUGUUGGUGAUAUCAACAACGACACUCGACUAGAUAUCAUUGUUGCCAAUAUGUGGGGCAAUGAUUAA